UCCAAAUUAAUUUGAUUAUUUUCUCUCUAAUUGCUGUUUAAUUGUGUUCGUUUUUUUAUUCUAAUUUAGAUUAAUUGUUUUUCAUUUUAUUAUCUAUUGGAAUCAUGGUUCGUUUAGGACUUGAGAGUGACCUUUAUAAUGGUGAAAUGUGGGACAAUUUACUUCUAACUGAUCCAAGAUUGGAAAAAUUGUCUGUCAAUUUAAAAAAUUUUUAUGAUGGUAAACGAGGGGCUGCUAAUUUGAUUACUUUCGAUGACAAUUUACUUUGUAUUUGGGACAAUCAAACCCAGCAAAUUUAUUGUCUUGUUAUGAGAGAUUUCAAGCUAAUCAGUGUUCAGAAUCUGAUUCCUACCAAUGCUCCUUUAUUCGAUGUUGAUUCGAUUAUCAUGUUUGAUGGAAGAUACAUCGCUCUUCAAGGACCAAGAGGUAUAAAUAUCAUGGAAUUGCCAAGAAAAUUUGGUCCGUUGAAUGCCUAUGAAGGUGGAAAAGUAUCUAUACUUUGCAGAACCGUUUGUCUCGCUGAAAGAUUUUUCGUUUGCUAUCAACAAAUCACUGUGGCUGAGAGUCGUUGGCAUCCAGGUUCGCCAUCAGGAUCAGCUCAUAUUGCAGUUUUAACCAAUGAUGAUUGUAUUCGUAUUUAUGAUGUUUCGGUUCCUCAAGUUUGUCUCGCAGAGAUUAGACUGAGUGAUCCAACCAAUGGCGAUUUAAAAUAUUCAUCAUCAAAAUUUGCAUCAUCUCUUGGUCAAACCGCUGUUAGCUUUGACUUUGGUCUUCCAAUUGAUAAACGAAUUGUUCAAAGUAGUAAUCUUCACCAUGAAACCUUCGCAUCAUCGUCAACAAUUAACAUGUCUAACCAAAAAUCUUCAAAUAAUUCUAACCUAAUUGAAGAAGACUCUUGCAUUUGGCCAAUCUACGUUCUAAGAGGAAAUGGUGACGUCCUUUUGGUUUACAAUGAUCUUCACAAUACUUACAUUUCUAAACGUAUUCUUGGCCCAUUGACCAUGCGACCUCCAGCCGAAGAUAAUUAUGGAGUUGAUGCUUCAUCCAUUAUUUGUCUCGAUUGUGCUCCAACUCUACUAGUAAUCGCAACAUGUUCCGGGAUGAUCUAUCAUUGUUUAGCCUUAGAAAAUCCCGAUAACUAUGAUUCUGGAACUGAUUCCGUUGAUGCUCACCUUGUUGAAGUUCAUUCUAAUACAUUUGCCGAUGAUAAUUUUCACCAAAACGAUGCUUCAUCAUCUUCCUCCUCUCGACAUAAACCCCGUGGAAAUAUUAGUUACAUUGGUGAUGUAAACUCUGGCCUAUCCAAAAUAUUUCUCAAUCCACCAACACUUUUUGUCGUUGAAAGUUUAGAAUUGGUAUUAUCUCUUACUUCAAGCGGUGAUCAUGAUGAUAGUUCACCUUUAAAACUAAUUCGACCUUCAGUUAAUCCUCAGAUAUAUUUUUGCUCUCACGAAGCUGGUAUACACAUUGUCAAUAUACCAUUUCUAAAUCGUCUUAAAUCAUCACAAUUUGUUUCACUUGAUGAAACCGAGCAAAGUAUAAUUGAACAUCUAAUCUGUACCAAACCAAUAUCAACAUCUAGCUCAUGUAUUCCUAUGUGCAUUCCCUUAGGCGUUGCUCUAGUUGCAAGGCGAGGUUAUUAUUCAGUUGGAGUGUUACUUUCUUCCGGUGAGAUACUAACCCAAAGAUUAUCAUCAAUCAACUAUAAAUAUAAAAGUAUAACAAGUGAUUGUGAGCUAAAAGUAUCGAUAGAUGAUCCCGUUAGUUUUACCAUUCACAUUAACCAAAUUCUUAAACGGACAAUGAAUGCACCACACAUCAAAUCGGAGCCCAACAAGGAACCAAACAAAGCCGAUUGUCUACAAAUGUUACUCAAUACAACCGAUAUCCUAAGGAAAGAAUAUAUCGCUCGAAUGGAAAAAGCGACCGAAAUUUUGAUUAAACGAGCAUCAACUCUAGUUUCGAAUAAAAAAUUACAACUUGAAGAGAUUGGAAAAUUGUCCAAAGAAAAAGAUUCAAUCAUCUCCUCAAUUAAAGAGACAAGUGUAAAAUUUGAUGAAACAUUGGAACGUCAAGAGAAACUUUCUCAUCGAGUUGAAAAGAUAUUGGAAACAGUUCAAACGCGACAAAAUCAUUUAUCGGAAGCCGAACGUACUUGUCAAAAGGAAUUGAAUGAAAUCUCUUCAACCAUUAACAGUUAUCGAAAUCGUUUGGAUCAAGUUCAACUCAAGUAUAAGUAUCAAAAUGAGCUGAAAGAAAAUGAAACUUUCGAAGGAAGAGAAAAUGAUAUCCAACGAAAACGUCAAUCAUCAAUAAUUUCUCAUCAAACGGCUGCAGUUAAAAAGAUUUUAACAUCUCAGAGUGAAGCAAUUCAAAAGCUUGUCAACCAAGUAAACGGAUUACACAAACACUUUUCCCAAAUUAAAUCACUAACAUGAUCUUAUAUUUACCUGGAGAGAUGAUAUUUUAAUAAAGAAAAUGAACUUUCAUUUUGCCAUUUUCGUUAACCUUUCGAGAGGGCGAAAAAUUCAUUCAUUAGAUUUACAGUUAUCAACGGUUACAGAAUUGAAUCAACUUCCAGCGAGAAAAACAAAAUUGUUCAGAAAAGAUGAAGGAUAAAAAAGAUUGUCAGAUCAAAAGGAGAAGAUGGAAAAUUAAUGAUAUUCAAAGAGAAUCGACGAUAAGAAACAAAGUGAAAGAAUAAAAUCAAAGACGAAGGAAGACAAGAAAGAGAUGAUAUUCAAUGGAAGAAGAAGAAAAA